AUGGUGGACGGAGUCAUACUAGACGUGUGGUCGUGGGUGGUGUGCGACGGCGACAUAGACCCGGAGUGGGUGGAGGCGCUCAACUCAGUGCUGGAUGAUAAUCACCUGCUGACGCUGCCCUCGGGCUGGCGCAUACAGUUCGGGCCUAAUGUCAACUUUAUAUUUGAGACUCAUAGUUUGGAACACGCGUCGCCCGCUACUGUGUCUCGUAUGGGGAUCAUUCUGUUGAGUGAAGAAAACAGUUGCGCCCAAGAAAUGCUGAAUAGUUGGAUGGAGAAGGUGGAAAUAGAUAACGAGAUAGCCAAAAUGGCGCUACCACUGUUGCAGAAAGUUAUCAAAAAGUGUAUGCAAUGGUUUUCGACACAUAGAUCAGAUGUUAUCAUGAAAGUCUACAAUGUAUCUAUGGUGCGUCAAAUCAUAACCCAGUUCGAGUACAUAGCAGCGAACGUGGGCGUGAGCGUGAUGAACACGAGUCCAGAAGAGCUCGUCUACAUGGCCGUACAGAGAGGGGCGAUGAGCGUUCUGAAGGAUAGUGCCGUGGCUUCGUUUCAAGAUAAGAUGUCGGAGCUGCUCGGUCUACCUCCAGUGUCCACACAACCUGUAGCCGAGUGGCGCGACGACGUGUACUUGUCAUCGCGUCUCCAUCGCAGCGAGCCGGCCGUACGAGCUGUUAUAGGGUCCCCCGAGUCGCAUCUGCUUAUUAUUGGACCGGCCGCUUCGGCUAAAAAUUUACUGGCGGAAUAUGUACUGAAAGAUACGAAUACAUCUCUCGUUAUAACAAUUGACUGCACUCCAAUUUUGGAGCCAGAGGAUAUCAUCAAAGAAUUGAAACGUCACAAUUUAGUCCGUUCGGGCGGCACUGGCUCGUCCCGGGUGGGCGCCAUCUUGUUCGUUCGUUCGCUGCAUCGAGCCAGAGUGGACGCUUGGGGCAGCAGCGCCGUUCAUGCGAUGUUGUUACAAAUAAUGCAGCACGGCGGUUUCAGCGCCAUAAACUCAGCAGCCGACGGCGGCGGCGUGACGUACUGCCGCCUUCAACGCACCACGCUCGUGAUGACGUCACACGGCCCCGCGCUGUGCCCCCGCCUGCUGGCCGCGCCGCGCACGCUCGCUAUACCGGAACCUGACGAUGACGAGUUGUCAGAGCUCGCUAGUAACUACUUGAAACAAAGCGUGGACAGGAAUAUUUCAGAGAAAGACAUGGCCAAUGUUACGAAGCAGAUCUUGGCUAUGUUCAAAGAGAUAACUGAAACGUUUUAUUCGCAACCUCAUUAUUCGUGGGCCGCCUCAGAUCUGAAACGAUGGUGUGAGAAUGUUAAAUGGUACUCGCCGAGUAAAACUGAAGAACUUUUGCUGGCUGUAGCAGCUGAGGCGAAUAAUAUAUUCAGGGACAGACUAGUCACAGAUACUGAAAAAGAAAGGUACCAUUCAAUCCUAAAACGCUAUUUCAAGGAUGCCUCAUCUGAUGAUUCAUAUUUCAUACCGAAGUUGCGAGGUACAGGGGUGUAUGUGGAAGCGGCUGAGAAGAAAGAUUGGUAUCAAACUACACAGAAAAUUAUCAACCAGUGCCUAACAGAACAAGAACACAGUGUAUUUGGAGAGUGUGGAGCAGAAGUUUGUGCUGAAUUAUCCAUUUUAUGUCCAGCCAUGGCUAGAGCGACUAACGGUGACCUAGUAGUCUGCGUCGGCAGCGCGGGCGUGGGUCGCCGGGCGGCCGCGUACAUAGUGGCGACCUCUCUGCCGGCAACCCUGUUGUUUGUCAACCACAGUGGCGAGUUCAACACGCAGUUUAAGAAUGCUCUAACUUCAGCUGGAAGCGAGGCCAACCGUACUCUUAUAGUUAUUAGUGAAUCGACAAUAAACAACACAACGCUGGGACUGAUAGAAGCUUUGAUGAAUGCGCAGACAGAAUAUGCGGUCCCGAGAGAUAUCUUGCCGUCUCUUUCGCACUCACAGCCUAACCAACAGUUCCUUGAGAACAUCAAACAAAAUCUCGGCAUAAUAAUAACCCUAGACAAAAACCAAGGCAACCUACUGGAUAUAUUACAGAAAAAUCCUUUCCUAUACCAAGAAAGCCAUAUUCUAUGGCUCGAUAGCUGGUCUCCCGAUACCUUACGGAAAAUGCCACAGUUAAUCAUACAGAGGUUAUUAAAGGAAGACAUAGCAGAAGUAAAGCCGGAUGACCACGAGUCGAUCCCAGUGGAAGGGUUCAUUCACAUCUACAACUCUCUAGAGGCUGACUGGAUGAAGGCACCGGCUAGAUAUGUCAGCUUCAUCAAAGCGUACUACUAUAUUGUGAAGAGGAAGAAAGCGGCUUUAGUGCAGAGGAAGAAUAUGCUAUUGUCAGGCGUAGAAGCCCUCCGUCGCGCUAGAAGCGAAGUGGCAACGUUGCAAUCUGAAGCGGCGGAGCAAGAGGCGGCCUUAUCCGACAAACAAGCCAAGGCCAACCAAGCUCUGGACCAGAUCGGGGCCACCGUCAGAGCGGCAACGGACAGGAAGGAGGAAAUGCACGCGCUCAAGCUGAACAUUGAGCAGGAGAAUGAGAAACUGCAGAUACGUAAAAAGGAAAUAGAAGCAGAACUAGCGUCAGUGGAGCCGAUCGUAACCGCUGCGCGGGCGGCUGUCGGGGAAAUUAAACCAGAAUCUCUAAGCGAGGUGAGAUCGCUCCGUGCGCCGCCAGAGGUUGUGAGGGACGUUCUAGAAGGGGUGCUGAGAUUAAUGGGCAUCGCAGACACCUCCUGGCAUUCCAUGAAGAACUUCCUGUCCAAGCGGGGAGUCAAGGAGGAUAUUAGGUGCUUGGACGCGAGUCAGAUAACCCCCGAAGCGGUGCAGUCAGUGCAGCGCUUACUAGAAACCCGCGGCUCUUCCUUCGAGGCGGCGGCGGCGCGGCGAGCCAGCGCGGCCUGCGCGCCGCUAGCCGCGUGGGUCAGAGCCAAUGUGGAGCACGCGAGGGCAUUAGCGAGAGUACAGCCGCUGCAGUUACAGCAGGCGCAGCUUAUGAGAAACCUACAAGACGCUGAGAACCAGCUAGCCGCCCUAUCCACCGGGCUGACCACCGUGGACGAGCGAGUGGCCUCGCUGAAGGAACAACUGGGGAAGCACACUCGAGACGCGGCCACCAUAGAGUUGAGGCUCAGCAACGCGGCCAAGACUAUAGAUACGGCCCGCGGACUGUUGGAACAACUCGCGCAAGAGUACAGCGCUUGGGAGACUGAUCUAGAGCACAUAUCCAAAGAGAUACUAGAACUGAACGUGCGGUCUCUUCUGGCUGCAGCUUACAUUGUGUACUUACCAGAUGUGACGGAACCACAAGCCAGAGAUUAUAUACAAAAAUGGGGUGAACUAAUCGGUUUUGAAGAUGCCGAUUUUUCAGUGAUAAACUUCCUAUCAACUACUGAAAAGCAAUUAAAAUGGGAUGCAGACGGGUUAUCUUCGGACAGAUCUGCUAUGAAAAACGCUGUCUUAAUUGACCAGAUACUGGAGUCAAAUAAAUGUGGAUUCUGUCCGCUCAUUAUAGACCCAGACGGAGAUGCCCUGCCGUGGCUCAAGAACACCCUCGCUGAUAUGUCCUGCGACUUCAUAUCUCAGCACAGUGACAAACUGCAAACUGCUAUUCAGUAUGCUGUAAGGCUUGGUCGUGUGCUGGUAAUAACAGACGUAGACAGCAUCCACCCAUCCUGGGCCACACUACUCCGGGGCCUGCCCCUAUCCGGCACCACUGUAGCGAACCCGUCUGUGCGACUGUUGCUUUACACGAGGGACGCGACGUUGCCAAGCCGCCUGCCCCCGCAACACAGGGCCACGUUGUCGCUCGUACACUUCACGGCUAGAGUUGAUGGGCUUACUGAUCAAUUAGUGCACUACGCGUUGCAUCAACAAAACCCGGAAGUCACUGAAAAGGCGAAAGAAAUAAAGCUACAAAAAGCAACUCUUCAGAAACAGCAGCAUGAAUUGCAGGAGAACCUGCUAAAAGACCUAUCAACGAACAGCGACAUCCUCCACGACGCUCACCUUAUAGCGUCGCUCAACAAGACGCGGUCGAGUGGCGCCACCGUCGCCGCGGCGCUGAGCGCGGCCCGCGCCGUCGAGCAACAAGCAGCCAGCGCCUGCCGCCAGUACCAGCCCAGUGCUGACAGGACUGCAAUAUUAGCUCUGGCCGUGAAAGAGUUGACUAAGCAUAGGCCGCUAGUUUCGAUGCCUGUUGAUGCUGUUUUGGAGAUUUUCGUUGAUGCUGUGAAAAAAGGAGGGGACAACGAUGCCAUAGUGAAGUAUGUAACACGGCGAAUCAUAGAAAGAGUUCUUCUAGGACUGUACAAGAGAGACAAGUACAUUGUAGUGCUACACUUGUUGAGACAAGUGUACGAGGAAGUUAUACCAGAAAACCUCUGGAAGAUAUUCGUAGGCGAUACGGACUACGUAGAAGAUCAGAAGGGCAUGACCGAGAUAAAGAAUAGGUAUUCUUGGAUGUCAGAUGGAACUGUGAAAAAAGUUGCAGUAUUGCAGGGAGAAUGCCUGGCCUUAUACAACAAGUUAUCUCUAGACAAUAGUGAACUGUGGAUGUCAUUCCUCAAGUCUGGAGAUCUGUCCAUCAUUAGCAAGUUAAAGCUCAAUCCGUUUGAGAACAUCAUAGCGGUAGCCACUAUCAGACCAGAAAGUCUUUAUAGAGCCAUAGUGGCGUUUGUUGAUCAAGUAUUAGGUGUAGGAGUGAUGUCUAUGGGCGGCUCGCUGACGCUGGGCGGCCGAGGCCCGCGCCUGCUACUAGGCGGCGCCACGGACCAGCUAGCGCACGCCGCCCGCGCCGCCGCACGCUCCUUCACACAGGUGAUGGUGGACGACGGCAUAGAGAAGUGGGAGGGCGCGGUGGAGGCGGCGCGCUCGGGCGGCUGGGUCGCCCUCGUGGUGGGCGCCUCGCCCUUCCCGCCCCAGCUCAUCACCUUCUUGGCUAACUUGCGACAGCGACCGGCAGAAGAUUUUAGUCCCGAUUUUCGGCUUUGGAUAGUGUCUGAAGAUCGGGAGAUACCACCGCUCAUCUCAAACAGCUGCAUAAAUAUUGUUGUAGAAGCGCCAGAAGGCAUGAAGAACAACGUAAUGAACACGCUAUCAGCCUGGGGUGACUACUCCAGCCAGGACAUCAAGCUUGUGCGGAUGCACGUCUGCCUCGCAUUGUUCCACGCGCUUGUGCAGGAACGGAGGGCGUAUAUACCUGAAGGAUGGAGUCGCUGGUACCCGUUUGAAUGGGGCGACAUAGCCGCUUCCACUUCCAUCAUCCGUGCCUGUGGCGCGACCGCGACCGCGCGCGGUCUGCUGCAGGCGCUGUACCGCGGUCGCGCGGGCGCGGCGCCGGACCGCGAGCUGCUAGCGGCGCUGGCGCGGUCUGCCUUAGGCGAACACACGGAGGCACACGCGUGGCGUCCACGCGGUCUGGACAAGCCCUUACCGUACUCUACCAACAUACAGGCUUAUGCCGCGGCCCUCAGCGUGAUGCCGGACAUAGACUCGGCGGCGGCGCUGGGGCUGCCGGCCAACUGCCGCGUGGUCUGGGAGACUAAAGCCGCUGAACGCAUCGUAGCGGGACUCAAAGAGCUAAGGGCGUCGGUGAAUGUGAACAAAAAGUCAGAGAGUGUAAAUCCGCUGCGACCUCUGCUAGCGUUGUGGAAGAAACUUAUGUCGGGAAAUCCUUUAGUCAAAGGAGGAUACCAUAAUGACAAGCUAACGUCAUCAUCGUCAUCAUGGUGGGGCUGCGUGUGCGCGUGCGAGCUGCACUCGGCCGCGCGGCUCGUGCGCACUGUUCACGCUGCGCUUGCGCAUCUAGCGAGUGAUAAGAACGCCGCCUUGUAUAAGGUACCGGAGGAAUGGCAGUUGAUCUGGGAGGGCCCGGACGACCCCGUACAGUAUGUGAAGGAGCUGUCAUUCCGAGCACAUGCUGCCGUCAAACGGAUGGAUGCGUUCACUGAACAAGGGGAUUUCCCUUCAGAGCUGGACAUCCGUUCGUUCCUGCACCCGGAGCGAGUGUUGGCGGCGGCGCGCGCGCGCUGCGCCCAGAUGUCGCGGUGUCCGCCCGAGGCACUCGGCCUUAGUCUGGCCUGGGACUGUAGGAGCAAGGGCAAAACACUACUAGACGGUAUAACGCUAGUGGGUCUACUCCUGACGGGCGCCCGCUGGGACCGUCGCCUCGUGCCGGCCGCCGGCCAGGACCCGCCCACCGCGCCCGCGCCGCCGCUCACCGCCACCUAUGUGCAGCAACAGGCCUCCCCAUGCGACGCCGCCUGGAGCGUCCGCCUCUACUCCAGCGAAGGCCGCGAGCGUCUGCUGGCCACGGCCGCGGCGCCCGCGCUAGAUGAAGACAUACCUUCGCGAGCUGUCACUCUGUACCCUGCACCUAUUGUGUAGAGGGCGCUGACAAACAAAAGGAAGAGAAUGAUUGGUUUCAACUGCACCUAUCAAAGGCUCGAUGACGUCAGCGCCUCGCGUUUCGUCACUCUGUACCCUGCACCUAUUGUGUAGGGGGCGCUG